AAUUCAUAUAACAAACAAGGAUGUUAAUGCAAUAGUUGCAAUAGAAAUCUUAUACAAACGGAUAGUCACGUUACAAGCCAUCCCGACGCUGUUGUGAAUUGUAUUUAAGUCUGAUUUGAAUAUUGAAAAUCAUUAGAAACAACUAGUCUCUGCUAUAAACACCGACAGUGUCACAUAAAAAAUGAAAAUAUCUUUAGUAAGCGCAUUUUUGGUCUGCGGAUAUAUGACAUUUGCAAAAGCAAACGAGGUGUGCCUUAACGAGACGGAAUAUGAUUUUUACAUGUUGGAGCAUCUUGUGACGGACAUGAAAAAAAGACUUGAGUCUUUGAGAGAAAAUGUCAAAGAGAAAGUACAAACAAAAUGUCAACGAAAUUUUCCGAAAGCUCAUGCGCUGAUGGUUGGGUUUCUUACAACGGAUCUUGUUACCUCUUUGAAACUGUUCCAGCUCGUAAUUUUGAAGAAGCGAGGGCUCUCUGCAACCAAAAAGGAUCUGUCCUGUUUUAUGUACAGGACGAAGCGGAAAAUGUGUUCAUAGUCAGAAUGCUGGACCGCUUGAAAUCAAGUGCUCCUUGGCUAAUGGGAUUGACUGACCAAUGCUCUGAAGGAAAAUGGAAAUGGAUCGACACAAGUGCUCCAGCGACAUUUAUCAAAUGGGCUCCCGGUCAGCCAGAAGGUCUCACCAAACAGAACUGCGUGGUGUACAGCAUUUCUGACACAAAUCGUUGGCAUGACGUACACUGUUCUUCUAAAAAUUCAGUUAUCUGCAAAGCAGAACGGAUGAUGGUGGCGUGAUUGGAGGAUAGAUAUGUUGUGCUGCGAGUUGUGCAGCGUCUUAUUUCAGUACUUAUAUUUUUUCGUCGUCGUUGUUGUUUUUUUUGGAAGCUGUAACUGACUGAAAGUCAAAAUCUAAAGAUAUAAAAACUCGUCGUAAGCUUCCUGAGUUUAUUUUAAUAAACCUUUUCUUUUAUCAUUAUUACAUAAACAUACAUAUUAUAUACAUAUAACAUACAUAAAUAGACUAUUUUCAAUAUCAACAAUUUCAUGUCUUUGUAUUUAAUCCACAUGUUUUCAAAAACUUUAAAUGAAUUCAUUUUCUUGAACAUUGUAUGCAUAAUAUUUAUCCAACAUGUUAUAGUAAAAUGUAAGUUACUAAAUAAUUUGUAGUACACAUGUACAAAAUUAAUGUCAUUCCUUGUUAACUUAUAUAGAACAAUUCUUUACUAUUUUAUAAUAAAAUAAUGCUUCACUUCAUACUAUUACAUAAACAGUAAACAGUAAAAUCCGUACAUAAAAUAACUUGUAAAAUACCAAAAAAAUCUUAUCUCUGUCAGCUUCUUGAGUUUAUUUUAAUAAUGCUAUUUAAUAAUGCUAUAAUUUGAAUUUACCAAUCAGACUUUAACAUGUUUAUAUAAACAAUAAGUUGACAGUUUUUGUCGGUAGAAUUUGUACAUAAUUUGUAUAGAUCUAAUUAUAUAUUCUCGAGCAUAUAGAAAC